AAAUGUGUGUAUGUGUAUGAAUUUGUUUUGUGUUUGUGUUUUAUCUUAUUGCCCAAUCUACUCCCCUCCAAUCCAAGUUUCCCUUCAUUUUCUCUCUCUUUCCCUUUUCUUCUACCUCACACAGAAAAAAAAAAAAAAACUCAUAAAUUAACACAUACCCCACUUUCCCAAUCGCUCUUACAGAUCCGAAGUUCUUGUCUUUUUCAUCACCCCUCCCACAAUUCUCAAUUGGGUCAUUUCAAAAUCAAAACAUUACAUUACAAACCCGAUCAAUUCUUUCAUGUUGUUUUGCUUGUGUUAAUCCCAAAGUUUCAAUUUUUUUUUAUAUCAAAAUUCUCCAUCCAUGUCUCGAAUCUUCUCGAGAUGGAAGAAGGUGAAGGAAAUGACAUCGCUUUCGGAGACCCACUUGGCCGUUCCGGCGAGUAACCGUCGCCGGAAUCGAACCGGGUUCAACUACCGAUUCAACCAGGCGCGCCCAAUCUCGACCCACCUGAACCACAUAAUCGUCGCCGGCGGUGGCGGCGCUGCCCAUCGCCGCCGCGAGCCGCUGGUCGGCGUUCAGGAGCGAUACAAGUGGGACCGCGGCGGGUCCAACGAUAACCCGACCCGAAAGAUUCGGGCUGAGGCUAAUUGCCCUCGUUGCACCAAAGACAUGAGCCUCUUCUUCUCCAAUCGCCAAUUUCCCACAAGUGAUUCUGAUUCUGGUUCUGGUUCUGGUAAUGGUUCCAAUUUGAUUCCUCCGGUUCCUGCUAAAGGAGGUGAAGGGGGUUACCAAUCUGUGAAUCUUUGCCCAACUUGCAAAACUGCUUAUUACUUUCAACCUUACAACACUGCACCUUUGCAAGGUACUUUUGUGGAGAUUGGUAGGGUCACUGAUAAUAAUAAUAAUGUUGUUAACAAUGGUACUAGUAAGUCUCAAUCUCCUAGGAGGAUCACACAUGGCAAAGGUGGUGGUGGCAAAGAGAGUAGUGUUAGUAGUAAAAAUGGUGGUUAUGGGGGUGAGGAUUUGGGGGUUAAGAGUAAUGCUAGAAGUUGGCUUGAAGUGUCAUUGUGGGACACUUUGAGAUCCUAUAAUGGUGGUGGUGGUGGUGGUAAUAAUGGUGAACCACCUGAGUCGUGGCCUCUACCACCAGGUGGUAAUAAUGGGAAUGGGAAUGGGAAUGGUCUGGCUGUGCAUACUCCUCCAGGCCCACCUUUUGCACCUGGGACUAAUUUCUUCCGGGCACGGGAUGGUGGUUCCGGCGGCGGAGGUGGGGGCAAUGGAGAGAAGACUGCCUGGGGAGGGUCUAAUUUGGGGAAGGAUUUGCCCUCCCCAAAAGAGAUCUGCAAGGGUCUUGACAAGUUUGUUAUUGGCCAAGACAGAGCCAAAAAGGUGCUUUCUGUAGCUGUUUAUAACCACUAUAAAAGAAUAUACCAUACCACAUUACAGAAAGGGUCAGGUGCAGAUUCAGGAAUUUCAAAAGUAUUAGAUGAUGACGAAAAUGUGGAGCUAGAAAAGAGUAAUGUUCUCUUGAUGGGUCCAACAGGGUCAGGGAAGACAUUACUUGCGAAAACACUAGCUCGAUUUGUGAAUGUUCCCUUUGUCAUUGCUGAUGCAACAACCUUAACACAGGCCGGUUAUGUUGGAGAAGAUGUUGAAUCAAUACUGUAUAAACUACUUGCGGCAGCAGAUUUCAAUGUUGCAGCAGCUCAACAAGGAAUUAUUUACAUUGAUGAAGUUGACAAGAUAACUAAGAAGGCUGAGAGUGUAAAUAUCAGCCGGGAUGUUUCUGGCGAGGGUGUUCAGCAGGCAUUAUUAAAAAUGCUGGAAGGAACUAUAGUAAAUGUUCCUGAGAAAGGAGGUAGGAAGCAACCACGGGGGGAUAACAUUCAGUUGGACACAAAGAAUAUUCUUUUUAUAUGUGGUGGAGCAUUUAUCGAUCUUGAAAAAACCAUUUCGGAGAGACGAGAAGAUUCUUCUAUUGGUUUUGGAGCACCAGUUCGUGCCAAAAUGAGAACUGGUGGAAUAACAGAUUCAGCAGUAACAUCAUCUUUACUUGAGUCGGUUGAAAGUGCUGAUCUUAUUGCAUAUGGCCUCAUACCAGAGUUUAUUGGACGAUUUCCCAUCUUAGUAACCUUGUCAGCUUUAACCGAAAACCAACUUAUGCUGGUCCUCACAGAACCAAAAAAUGCUCUUGGUAAGCAGUACAAGAAAUUAUUUAGCAUGAAUUAUGUAAAGCUACACUUCACAGAGAAAGCUCUGAGACUGAUAGCAAAGAAAGCAAUAGCCAAAAAUACUGGUGCAAGGGGUUUAAGAGCCUUACUGGAAAACAUUUUAACCGACGCCAUGUUUGAGAUUCCAGAAACUAAAACUGGAAGUGACAAGGUUGAUGCAGUUGUUGUUGAUGAAGAGUCAGUAGGAUCACUAAAUGCCUCUGGAUGUGGAGGAAAAAUUCUUCGUGGAGAUGGUGCUUUGGAUCGGUACCUAGCUAAGAUGAAGGAUUCAAUGGUGAAUGUUGACUUAGCUGAAUCAGACUUACAAGAGAGGGAGUCAGAGCUUUCAUCAAGAGCCAUGAGCAUGUAAUAUUAUAUUUUUAUCAUAUUCAGUGUAUAAUUUAUCAUUGUCAUUGUUAUUUGUAAAAAUCACAUGCAAAAAAAAGUUUGCUGUAAUUAUCUCAUGUAUAACAGCAUAGCUACUGGUCUAAGUUCACUGGAUAGGAAGGAAAUAAUUAGAAAAAAGGAAGGUAUAGUGUAGCAUUGCUAAUUUAGGCAGCACAUUAUACAAAAUUUCAAUUUGUUUUGAGAAAGUCUGACUGAAGACAUUUUUUUUCUCUUGUACUGGUGUCACUUUGACAUUAAGGAGUAAUUUCUGAAGGACCUAACUGAUAAUGUGAUAUCAUUUUUCAUUUUAAAAG